GCAGAAACUUCAGCGUGAGAUUUGCUCUAGGUUUUAGUCCAGCUAUCCAUGAUCAACUUGUAGAGGUCGUCGUACCAGACCAUCACUUUUUCCGACAAUCAACUUCUCAAAAGUGAAGUGGCCUCUGGCGCUAUUGACCAAUGGCUGAGGAGUCAAGUGAGGUUCUUGUGAUAGCUAUUGACUAUGGCACAACCUAUACUGGUGUUGCAUACGGCCACAGCAAUGGGCUUCGUAAACGAACACGUCCAAACAUUCAGUGCAUCGAUGACUGGCCCGGACAGCCAAGGAAUACAAGCAACCAGAAAGUUCCCAGCGAAGUUGCCUACUCCAAUGGAUUUUUGGAGUGGGGAAACAAAAUACAACCAAAAAGUCAGCGAAUAGCCUGGACGAAGCUUCUUUUGGAUGAAACCGAGAAGGAGAAGCGAUCGGUGCUGAUGCGGGACCUCGAGAUGGAAAAAAGUACGGCUUCAAAUGAAAACUCCCAAAGCGAGGCUGUCAAAGAACCGCUUGAAAUUGUUUCGGAUUUCCUGAGAGAAGUCAGGAUGCACUUGGAGACUGCCCUCGAGAUCCGAUUUGGUAGUAUGCUGCACGACCUUAGGAGAGAAGUAGUCAUCACAGUUCCGGCCGUGUGGUCAGAUAAAGCCAAAACUCAGACGUAUAAAGCAGUCUGCAAUGCUGGUUUCAAUACUGAAAGUACGAAAAUAUCUAUGAUUACCGAACCGGAAGCAGCGGCUAUAUAUGCAAUGAGGGACUUGGAGGAUGGCCCUUUUACUAACAUCAAGAGUGGUGAUCAUUUCGUGGUUUGUGAUGCAGGUGGCGGUACUGUUGACCUUAUUACAUAUCGGGUCGAUUCGGCACCACCUGCUUUUGUGAUAAAAGAGGCUGUCGUGGGGACUGGGGCGAAGUGUGGAGCUAUAUUCAUUGAUCGAGAAUUCAGGUCGUGGCUGCGUAGAAAAUUAGGCCAGGAAAAGUUCGGUAUGAUCAGGAAAGAGUGGCUCAGGCCCGGAAGCAGAAUGAUGAGGACAUUCGAGGAUGCGAAGAUGUCAUUCGAAGACGACAAUAUCAUGGCUUAUGUGCAGAUGCCACCAGAAAUUGGACGUGAGGAUGACGCGUCUUUGGACAUUGAAGACGGAGAGAUGCGUCUAGAUCCGGAGGAUAUGCGGCAAAUCUUCGAUCCAUGUGUCAAUGAAGUGUUGACUCUGAUCGACAGUCAAAUUAAUGCGGUUUCUACCCAAAAUGCCGCCGUUAAGUAUAUAUUGGUUGUUGGAGGAUUCGGAAAAUCGAUGUAUUUGCUGAGGAGAAUCAAGGAAAAGUACUUGAGCAAGAGAAUCGAGGUUAUUCGGCCAAGCAACCCCUGGUCAGCAGUCGUACGAGGAGCAGUUAUGGAAAAACUUGAUCCAUUGGGAAAUUCUCUUGUCCAACUUCGGUUGUGUCGUCGGCAUUAUGGGGCAAGUUUACCACAACCUUUCGAUGAAUCGAAACAUGCAACACUUCCCGAUGAGGAUAUUUUCCGGAUUGAUAAGGCGGGAGAUCGCUUUGUGAAAGGAUGCAUGGCGUGGAUACUAUCGAAAGGCGACCAUCUACAGAGCUCAAAACCGAAGACUGUUGAGUUCAAGAUCCCUCAAAUGCUCAUUGAUGGACCUAAAAGGUCACUUGAAUUGAAGAUAUUUGCAUGGAAUGAGUGCGAUCUACCGACCAGAGAGAAUGAGGCGAUGGAGCAGGUGUGUCUACUGAACCUUAAUCUGACUGAUAUCCCGCCCAAUGUGCUUCGAAGCACAGCUAGUUUGGAUGAAAAAUCCAUCAACUUGAUUUCAUGUAAAAUUGAGAUCAAGAUCGAAGGCUCAAUGCUUGAAUUUAGAGUACUAGUAGCUCAACGGGAAUGUUGUAAAGUUCUGGCAAGGGAUGCCUGACAUACUUCAAGAUGCUUUGAAUGCUGAAGGUGGAAGCAGGCAGAGAAAAAUGUAGGCUCAAGUAACGAGGAGCGUAGAGGAAGUAGGAGUUUUAAUACCUGUUUGAUCCGAAAAAGGUCUUGAAUAGAUAUACUCAUAGAUGCAAGCCUGUUAAUUGAAAGGCUGCAGGAUGGCUGUCACCCAUUGUUGAUAACAACAUGGACUAGUAGAGUCCAAAUCAUAGAAUAAAGUACAAUUAUUGAG